CAUGGGAUAACUGGUUGUAGAACAAGUAAACAUUUCAGGAAGACAUUUACUUUAAAGUAUUUAUUUCGACAGCUUACCGACACGUUUCUGCUCAGAAAGCCCAACUGACGACUCCGUCGGAGGUCGAAGUUCAUAUUGAAGAUAUUUUCUGAAACUUGUUCAGUUGCCAUGGCACCACCAAGAAAGAACGCCUUACCGAAAGAGCUCCCAGAAGGCUUCAUACUGUCAGACACUGAGAAAAAGAAUUGGAGGCUGGGGAGAAAGAUUGGUGAAGGUGGCUUUGGACUGAUCUAUCUUGCCUCCCAGGAUGUGGACAGACGUGUUGCAGAAGACGCUGAUUUUGUUAUAAAGCUGGAAUACCAGGAGAAUGGCCCCCUGUUCUCGGAGCUCAAGUUCUACCAAAGGGCAGCCAAACCAGAGAACAGACAAAAAUGGCUGACAAGGAAGAAACUGGACUUCCUGGGCAUCCCGACCUACUGGGGAUCAGGACUUGCUGAAUGUAAUGGCCUCAGUUAUCGUUUUAUGGUCAUGGACCGACUGGGCAGUGACCUUCAGAAAGUCUGGAAGAAAGGUCAUCCGAAAAAGACCACUGUGCUCCAGCUUGGUCAAGAACUGGUGGAUGUACUGGAGUAUAUUCAUGAGAACGAAUAUGUCCAUGCAGACAUUAAAGCUGCCAACCUCAUGCAGGGACACAGAGACCCUAAAAAGGUCUACCUAGUAGACUACGGGCUGUCCUACAGAUACUGUCCUGAUGGAGUCCACAAAGAAUACAAGGAAAACCCUAAGAAGGGCCACAAUGGAACCAUCGAGUACACCAGCCUUGAUGCCCACAAAGGACUUAACCCAUCUAGACGCAGUGACCUCCAGAUUUUGGGUUUUUGUCUUCUUCACUGGUUGUGUCGGUCUCUGCCUUGGGACGGUGUUCUCAGGAACCCAGCUCAGGUCGAGGAGGCCAAGACCAGACUGAUGGAGAAUCUGCCAGACUCAGUCCAGCAGCUGUCAGUGAGCACAGCCAGCACAGACGAGGUGGCUGCGUUCCUCCUUUAUGUGAAAACUUUGGGCUACCAAGAGAAGCCAGACUACAAGCAUCUCAAAAAGCUGUUGGCCUGUGGUGGCAGGGGAGGACUUGACCUCUCCGCGCCUCAAGGAUCUGCAGCAGAGUCAUCCACCAAGGCGGCAGAUCUUCACACCAGGGAAAAGAAAGCAGGACGAGCCAGAGGAGCCCCCAAAGCCAAGCCGACAGCCACAGUGAUGGAUGAAGAAGUUCAGGAGGGAGCCAAGUCUAAACCAGUGCCCACUCAAUACAUUAGAGCCCCACCCCUCACUAAACCUCAGGCGCAGAAGGAAAAAGCUUUUCCUGCUCCCAGAAGAUCACAGCGACCAAGACCUGAUCCUGUACAGACUUAUCAAGAUGAUAGUGAAGAUGAUAGUGAAGAUGAGGAUGAAGAUAAGACAAGACCCAGACCCAUCCCUGAAUGUUACCUCAGAGGCCCUCCGAUAGCCCCCAGAACUCAGUCUAAACAGAAAACUAAAUCCAAACAGACCUUCAGGAAAAGAGACGACCUCACUGUGACCUCAGCGAGGCAGGAACGAGGAACCCGCCUGCAAAGGAGGAAACACGCCGUCCCGGGGUGUGACAGUCAGAACCAUGAUGAUGAAAGGCUGAUACACAACCACAGAGCAGGCUACAGCCACCAACAGUGGUGGGACAGAAACCUCUGUCAUGAACACAGAGACAGCUCUGGUGAUUGGGAUAACUCUGUUCUCAAAGGUCCAGGACAGGAAGCUGGUCCCACACAGAGGACAGGACUGCUGCACUGGCUUGUCUUUGCAGGUGUCUUCCUUUCCCUGGGUGCCUGCGUUCUGGGCUUCUUGGAGUUUGACAAAGUGCAUUUAAACCCUUUUAAUCUAGAAAAUUAAGUGUUUUUGAGCAGGUAAGCU